AUGAAAAUCACAAAUUAUUAAUUUUGUGAAUUAGAAGAACAUGAUUCUGAAUUUCUAAAUAUGGUAUGUAUUGAUGAGUCGUGCAACAAACGAUAAUUAUUGUGUAAUAAUUGUAUAGAAGAUCAUUAACGAUGUAAAAAAAUUCCUUUAAAAAAAUUUGCUAAAUAAUUUCAUGAUCAAAUAAAUUGUAUGAAUUUAGAAAAUUAAAAAUGCUAAUAUAGUGAGUAAUAAUAUAGUUUAUAAUUUAAGUUUGAUUGUUAAUUUUGAAAAUAUUGAAGAGACAUUAUAAAAAGCUUAAGAAAAAAUAAUUGAAAUAUUCAAUAAAACAAAAUUGAUGAUUGAUAAGUAUAUAUAGAAUAUAUAGAUAUAGUGUUAAAAAAGAAGUGAAUAAAAAUUUCAAUAGUUAAGAUAGAAACUAAAGAUAAUUAUAAAUUAUACUAAAAUUUUAAGAAGAGCCAUCUUAAUUGAAUUAUAAGUUGUUAAUAGAUGAAAUAGAAUCAUUCAAACCUAAUAAUGAUAUGAUGUCAUUUACAGUAAAGAGAAAUACAUCAAAUUAAAUAAAUUAAUAAAAUAUUGAGAAUGGAAAGAUUUAUGUUUAAUAAUUAUAAGGUGCUAUAAAUACAUUAAUCGAUUAAUUUUAGAGUUUGAAUGAAGUUUUAAGAACAAAUAUUUAAGAUAAUUUUUAAAAAACUCCUAUAAAAAUGAUAGAAUAAGAGAAGAAUGAUAAAUCUAUGGAAAAGUAGUUAAAAUCUAAUGUUAUGAGUAGUAAUAGAUAAGUGUAAUAAUAAAUAAAUCCAAAAGAAAAUUAGAUAAUAUAAAUAGAAGAUGAUUCAAUAAUUAUUGAGGGAAAUAAAGAUGGGAAGAAAGAGAUUGUUUAAACAGUAGAUUAAAGAGAAUAUACAAUGGAUUAAUUAAAAAAAAUGAUGGAUAUAAAUUCUGGAAAGAAAGAACAAUUAGAUUAAAGAAAAAAUAAUAAUAAUAAUAAUAAUAAUAAUAAUAAUGUAGUAGAAUAGCAAUAGAGAAAUGAAUAACCUGGAAGUAAGGAUAAAUAUAUAUAUAUUUAUAGAAGAAGCAUAAGAAUAGGAAGAGAAUGAGACAGUUUUGAGUGUGACAUUAGAGAAGUAAUUUUAAUUUAUGUCAGGAGGAUUAGAAAUAAGUAAGAUGAUAUUUAUUAAUAAACAAUUAAUUGGAGGAAUAGGUGGAUCAAAAUUCAUGUUACAUGAUUUAUCUAUACCUGAUUCUGAAAGGACAAGAGUUCAUACAAUAUAGAAUGAAUAUGAAUAUACAGAUAUGGCAUAUUUAGAAUUAGAUGAAUAAAAUGGAUCUCUAUAUUUAGCAACAAAAAGAGGAUAUGUUUAUGUCUAUAUAAAAGAAGGAAUUAAAAAUAUUACAUUUAAAUUAGGAUCAAAUCAUCCAUUAGAUAUAAAAGGAAUGCUUUUAAUCUAAGUGAAUCCAAUUGAUAGAUAAUUAUAUAGUGUAGGAGAAGAAAAAAUAGUAAAAGUCUGGUCACUUAAAACUAUGAGAGAAAUUAAUAGAUUAGAAUUAUAAGAUUCCCCAACUGCAUUUUAUUCCAACUAAAAACAUGUUUUCAUUGGAGGUAAUAAAUUUAUUAAGAUUUGGGAAUAAACAUCAGGCAUUUGUUAAACAUUGAAAAAUUUAGAAUAAAAGGUUACAUCAAUCUUAACAAAUGAAUAAAAGUUGUUUGUUAGUAUGAUUGACAAAAUCAAAAUUUAUAAUUAAACUAUUAAUGGAGAAUAUCAUUUAACUUAGGAUGUUCCUUUUGGUAAUAUAAGAACUAUCCAAAUUUUUAAGACUUGGCCAAUGUUAAUUAUUUCAUAUAAUGAAGUAUAUACAUUUUUUUAAUUUAGAAAUAAAUGCCUAGAACUUCCUUAUAUCAUUAUAUCGACCAAUCACCUUGUGAAGUCUUAUUUGAAUCAGAAGUUUAAUGUUGCAUUGUGAGAGAAUAAAAUAAAGUUAACUUCUUAGCUUUUGGUCUAGAAAAAGGAAAAUGCUGUAUAUAUAAGAUGGAACAAACAUUUUAGCCCUCCCAAUGAUAUAUCAAUUAAAUUAUUAUACAUUUUAUU